CCUAAAUGCUUGUUGAAUCAGUGAAGCAGCUUGGGCAAGCAUUCUCUAAACUGUUUUGCCUGCAUUGCCACUAGAUCUCAGAAAUGCUGUCUGAAGGACAUCUUUACAGGAUCCAAAGUUGGUAUGAAGAUGAUAUGUAUCAUGAGAGAAAACUGUCUGAGUCACCAAACGAGCUAGCAGGUGUAUGCGGUCUGAACUACUCAUCUGUGCAAAACUCAAGAAGCAGGAAAUUCUUGCAUAAUUUUUGCUCUGGAGGAAAGCAUGCAUCUGGGGUACAGUCUGUGGAAACCACACAAAACAAAAUGCUGAGAGAUCUGAUACACCAUGAGACUGAAAAUGUUUCAUUCGAAAGGGAAACAUCACCCUCUUUAGAUAUUUUCAAUGCUUCAUCUACCAAUAAAGAAACCUUUCUGGUUCCAUCUUCUUGUAAAAAUAUAUGCAGAGAUUAUAAUGACUUGCAUAUAGCUGGAGACCAUGUGAUGGCUAUGAACUCAAUGCCUAGCAACUACACUUGCAACAGUAGUUUUGAAUUCUGUGAAGGGCCAUUUUUAGAGUCAUCACAAAUCCCCCCAACUCUAGAGUCCAUAAGUGUGGUGAGCGAUGACUUGUCCAAAAAGCCUUCAAAAGGAGAUGCACAAUGUUGGAAAGGUGGUAGCAUGAAGGACAAAAGCAUCAUUCACCAGGAACAGCCACUCUCCAAUUCAAUCCUCAAUGAGUACUUGGAGCGAAAAGUCAUUGAACUUUACAAACAGUACAUCAUGGACUGCAGUUCACCACCUGAGCGUAUUAUAGCAUCAGAACUGGUGAUGAACAAUGUUCAGCAGAUCAGCAUGCAGCUGUCACGGGAACAAAAUAUGGAGACCAACAAGGCCAAAGAUAUGGUCCUCAAUUAUUUAUUGAGAUUGGCCAGUGAGAAGCAGUCCAUCGUAAUCAGCACUCCCGAUCUGCAGAUCUCAACAGACCAAUAA